AUGGCCGACGAAGCCCUCACGGUGAAACUUGGAGAGGAAGCCCCGGCCACCUUCGCCGAGGUGCUCCAGAAGGCGAAGAAAGUCAUCGAUGGACAGGAGCUCCUCCGAACCAAAACCGGCCGACCUGAACGAAAGAUCGGCCGGGGCAGAAGUGGAAAAGAUGAAAGGGCAGAUCCCAAGUCCAAGGACAAGGGAUCCUUCUCCAGCGGCCGAGCUGAGUAUCGAAGGGCGGAGAACGGACCUACCAGGAGCCGACCUUACGAGCGCUUCACCCCAACCACGAUUCCAAUUUCUGAGAUCCUAACAAACAUCGAGGAUUCUGGAAUGGAAAAACUACUCAAGCGUCCGGAGAAACUUCGGGGAGCCCCGGAGAGGCGCAGCAAGGACAAGACCAGCUCAGCAGAGAAAAAGGAAGAGCGAAAGCGUUCAAGGACGCCACCCAGGCGCACCGACCGACCUGCGGUCAUCAAUACCAUUUUUGGAGGGCCAAGCGGGGGUCAAUCCGGACAUAAAAGAAAGGAGUUAGCCCGUGAAGCCAGGCGCGAGGUGUGCAUCAUCAGGGAGCAGGGGCCGACCUGCCCAAUCACCUUCGACGGUGCAGACUUGGAGGAGGUCCACCUGCCCCACAAUGAUGCCCUUGUGAUUGCUCCCUUGAUUGAUCAUGUGGUGGUCAGGAGAGUGUUGGUAGACGGGGGCGCAUCCGCUAACAUCCUGUCCUUACCGACCUACCUCGCCUUGGGCUGGACGAGGUCGCAAUUGAAGAGAAGCCCGACGCCGCUGGUUGGGUUCUCUGGAGAAUCGGUCAUCCCAGAGGGUUGCAUCGACUUGCCGGUCACGCUGGGGCAGGACCAAACUCGGGUCACUCAAAUGACCGAGUUCGUGGUAGUUGACGGUAGAUCGACCUAUAACGCCAUCUUUGGGAGACCCAUCAUCCACUCAUUUCGGGYCAUUCCCUCAACACUUCAUCAAGUUUUGAAGUAUUCCACCCCCAAUGGCGUGGGCACGGUCCGAGGAGAACAGACCGUUUCGAGGGAAUGCUAUGCCGCCGCACUCAAAGGCUCAUCGGUCUGCGCCCUCGAAACUCUCAGGGAUGGGACGCUCGAGCUCGAGGCCGACCUGCCGAGGAAGGAGUUUGCCGCACCCACCGAGGAGCUCGAGCUUGUUCCUYUGCUUAGUCCCGAGAAGCAGGAUUGCGGCCCUGAACCGGUUUGUUUCAAGGUCGACAGAUAA